AUGGUUCCUUUUCCAACUUGCUACUCCCAUGCAUUUCUGGACAUUCUGAGCGUUAUAUUGGGCCAGGCACAGCCGGCGCCAACUUUGCGCCAGGCACAGCCGGCGCCAGCUUUGCGCCAGGCACAGCCGGGGCCAGCUUUGCGCCAGGCACAGCCGGGGCCAGCUUUGCGCCAGGCACAGCCGGGGCCAGCUUUGCGCCAGGCACAGCCGGCGCCAGCUUUGCGCCAGGCACAGCCGGCGCCAACUUUGCGCCAGGCACAGCCGGCGCCAGCUUUGCGCCAGGCACAGCCAGUGCCAACUUUGCGCCAAAUGAGAGGGUGGCCAAAACUGUUUAAAGCAUUAUAUGACAGUACUGUAGUGUGA